AUGGGCUGGGACCUUGUUUCUGGUUUAAUUGGAGGUACUAGUAAAGACAAUACUACAUCUUCUUGUGAUGACAAAGUUCCACCUCCUCCAAGCGGAGCAUUUGCUCCUCCUCCAGUGCCCCCAAGAGGAUUGGGUUCAAAUGUUUCUAAAAAUCCCCGAGAUCUAACCUUUAAUGGAUUCACUCCUCCUCCAAAAGCGACAGUGGAUACAAGUUAUGAUGCCAGCGAUUACUCUAGUUAUACAUUCUCUGAUAACUAUAAUUCAUAUACCAAAAAAGAGGGUCUCGUAGAUAGAAUCGUCAAGAAUCCUAGAGCCCAUAACUGUCUCGAAAGUAUAAAGAUGGGAUUUAAAAUGGGCGGUGCUGUUGGUGGUAUUUUUGGAGGUAUUACUGAUUGGAGGUAUGGUGAGCUUCGGUUUCUUUUUAGGAUGUGGAAUGAUAGUAAGAUGUUAGAUAAUGUAGUAAAAUCGUAA